UCUGGUCACACUUUGUCAAAUUUUCUCGUGGUGUACACGUCUGUGACGUUGGCGUGAAGAGAAGUUAAAGUUUGAGAAACGAAGGAUUUUUUAAUUUGCUUUACGGGUAAAUUAAUUGUGAAUAGUAAAAAACCUAUAAAAUGGCGGAUAUCAACGAUUCCAAUGGAAACUACGAUGACAACGAUGAGAUCUCUGAGCCAGAGCAGCUGCGUAAACUGUUUAUUGGUGGCUUGGACUACCGCACCACUGACGAGGGUCUGAAGGCGCAUUUUGAGAAAUGGGGCAACAUUGUCGAUGUGGUGGUCAUGAAGGACCCGAAAACCAAACGUUCCCGCGGUUUCGGUUUCAUCACCUAUUCUCAAUCGUAUAUGAUUGACAAUGCGCAGAAUGCUCGACCCCAUAAGAUCGAUGGACGCACUGUGGAACCAAAACGGGCUGUUCCGCGGCAGGAGAUCGAUGCUCCGAAUGCGGGAGCAACGGUUAAGAAACUGUUUGUUGGCGGCCUUCGCGACGAUCAUGACGAGGAGUGCCUACGCGAAUACUUCAAGGACUUUGGUCAGAUUGUCGGCGUAAACAUCGUGUCGGACAAGGAGACGGGAAAGAAGCGCGGCUUUGCCUUCAUUGAGUUUGAUGACUAUGAUCCCGUUGAUAAAAUCAUUCUGCAAAAAAGUCACACCAUCAAGAACAAGACUCUCGAUGUGAAGAAGGCCAUAGCCAAACAGGAUAUGGAUCGCCAGGGUGGUGGUGGCCCAGGCGGCGGUGGACCACCUGGUGGACGCGGUGGUCCCGGCGGAAGGGGCGGUCGUGGCGGAGAUCGUAUUGGCCAGGGUGGCGGUUGGGGUAACAAUCGUCAGAAUGGCGGCGGCAACUGGGGUGGCGGUGGCGGCGGAAGCGGCGGUGGCUUCGGCAACAAUGGCAACUUUGGCGGCAAUCAAGGCGGAGGCGGUUCCGGUGGUUGGAAUCAGCAGAGCGGUCCCUGGAACAAUCAGGGCAAUAAUGGCUGGAACAAUGGCGGCGGUGGAGGAGGCUACGGUGGCGGCGGUAACAGCAAUGGCAACUGGGGUAACAACAGUGGUGGAGGCGGCGGUGGCGGCGGAUUUGGUAAUGAUUACCAGCAAAGCUAUGGCGGUGGACCGCAGCGAAGCAACAACUUUGGCAACAGCCGACCUGCUCCCUACAGCCAGGGUGGUGGUGGCGGCGGUGGAUUCAACAAGGGCGGUAACCAAGGAGGUGGCAACAACGGUGGCCAAAGCUUUUCUGGCAUCAACUAUAACUCUGGCGGUGGUGGUGGUGGCGGCCAAGGCGGUGGCAACAUGGGUGGCGGUGGUGGCAACAGGCGUUACUAGGACAAGACUGGCUGGAAAAGAUGC